AUGCCUCAAGUGGCCUACUCGCGCUCUUCGAAACUAACUGGUGCUCAUGCUAGCGUCAUAACCUGCCUCUGCCUGAGUCCUAAUGGGCUUUUCCUCGCGGUCGGCUCUCUCGAAGGAAAGGUCUCUGUUUGGUCGACAAAGACUGGCCGCCUCUUCUUUGUGGUAGAAGGACCCGUUCCUGCUCUAUCUUUAGUGUGGAAACCCUCGUCCGAAUAUGAAUUUUUCAUUGGACAAUCAAACGGCAACUUAGUGCAUGUUCACAUUCGGCAGGUACGCAACAAUCGCCUGGAGACAACUGGUGGAUGCAACGAAGUGCAUGUUUGGAGGGUGGACGAACAUCUCACUAUUUCGCCGCUAUCUCAGCUGCACAAGAGCCCGGCUAUCAAGUUGGAUGCGCAGCGUCCCGUGCUGAUAAGCGGGCUGCAUUGGAUCAAGGGCUCGCACUCCUCUAAUGUCCUCGUUGUCUGCUACGUAUACCAUGGUGCUAUGAUAUGGGAUCCGAUCACGAACAAAAUGCUUCGAUACCUACCGCUUAACACAAUGAUUGGGGGGAUUUCUAUUACCCCUGAUUCCAAGUUCAUAGCGAUUUCGAACAUGACCGAAGGGUUUGAUAUCUGGGACCUUGAUGCUGGGAAGCACAUGGCUUCCUAUUCUCACCGUUGCGAACACACUCUUCGCGUCCCGGUCAAAUUCGUGCAAAAGGGCCAAACGCUCCUCGGCGGGAGUACGGUUGGGCGUCCAUGCGUCUGGGAUGUUGAGACCGAAGUGCUUACCCAAGAUCUUCGUCACGAAAAGGGGAUUGUCCUCGCCAUCGAUAUGAUUGUUUGCCGUACGUUCAACUCUGGCAGGGGCGUGACAUGA